AUUAAAUAGGUAUCUUGAAUCAUUUUGUAAUUUGUUUCUUUUUGUUUUUACUGUAAAUAAACUAUAGUUUAAAAUAUUUUUUAAAAAUUAAUCUCUAGAAGAUUGUCUCAAUGUAUUGUCAGAACUUUCCAGUUCCAUCUAGCGUUCGAAUUUAGGAGUAUAGUCUCGAUGGUAAGUUACCAUCUUAGCAAUUUCUAGCAUUGUAUAGAUUGCAUCGAAAGUACAUAGAGAGAUGGUGUUCGCGAAUGCUCCAAAAACAAAGAGGGUGUGAAUUUUCUCUUUGUAUAUUUUAUAUAUUUACGGACUAAUUGUGAGAAUUACAAGUGACAGUUCUUCAAUGUUAUUCUAUAGAGAUGUAUAAAUAGACAUGAAAAUUUAACACUCUAUUUAAAUCUUAGUCUUUCAAAAUGAAAGAAAAGCAAAAACAACAGUAGUUGUGUAAUUACAAGAGAAGCAUUUGAAGAAGUUGACAACUGUUCUAGCAUUAUGGAGCUACAAGAAAAUGAUCAAAGCGAAGAUACAGCUGCUAUGAAGCAUAUACAGUUUGAUUUAGAGAUGGAUUCUAUUACUGAAACAGCUGUUUAUUAUUCUGCUACUCCAAGAAAAUCCCUUCGGGGUAGACGUAAAAAAACGAUGGACGGGAGAUUACAAUCACAAACUUCUUUGUUAAAAUCUAAUUAUAACAUUAAUGGCGAACAAAAAUUAGGUCCAAAGUAUCGACCUAUAUGGCCGAAGCCUUAUCAACAAAGUUAUUCAAAUAAGCCUAAAAUCUAUGGUCUACCGUCCGCGAUGAAUGAAUUGUCUGCAUUAAAUCCUGCGAGUCGAAUUAUUGUUACUACUACGACAACGAGUGCUUCACCAACGAAAGAAAAAGUCCAUGAUAAUAUGAUGUCGGAGAAGCCUAGUAAGAGGACACAUAAUUAUUCUAAAUCUACUACAUCAAAUUCCAACAAUUUGAAAUUAUUAACCAAAGAAAAUGUUAAUGCCAAGAAUUACGGUAAAAAUUGCAAUACUUCGAGAAAAGAUUUUAAUUUCAUUCAGAUGAAAGACAAAGAUAAUAAAGAUAAAGGUAGCAUCGAAUUGUUUUUCGAAAGUAUGGCACAAACCGUUUUAAGUUUACCUAUGCACGUACAAGCUCAAAUUAAAAUGGAAAUUUGUAAGCUUGUUACUAUGGCAGAAAUCAAAUAUUCUUCAACGCAAUCAAAACAUAGCUGUAGAAUUGAUUGACCCAAGUAACUGUAGAAAAAGAUUCUUUAUAUCUUCGAUAAUGAUUUAGGUAUUACUUUUUUUUUUUUUUUUUUU